AUUGAAAGUUUGUAUUUUGAAAUUUGAUUGAUAUUUUUUAACAUUUUAGUUCAAAAAAAUAAAACGUUAUUUAAAUUGUUGAGUGCAGAAAAUAAUUUUAUGGGCAGAUUAGCGUUGUUGAGAUACUCUGAGGAUCAAAACCUAACAUUUUUUAGGAAAAGUAUUUGCGACACUAUAAUUGAGUAUGAAUUAUCGCAAUCAUUGAACUCGAAUUUCCCUCUUACUAUAAACAAUGACAAAUAUAUAGAACUGGCCAAUUCAGUUGUAGAGCUUUUCAAAAGUGAAAAAAGAGAACUGUACCACGAACCCGCAUACUCGUCGCAGAGGACAGUUAAUGGAAAAAAAAUUAUUGAAAGAAAGAAUGCAACUGGUUUGUUCCACAAUUCUAAUGAGCGAUUAAGAGAUUUCUUGCGAAAAAGCAAUGUCGUAAAAGUGGUCAAUGUUCUGAGACAAGAUAAUACUAGUAUUCAAGAAUAGCCACUAGAACUUGAUUUAUCCGUAUUAGAGAAAACGAAGGAUGUUUUAGAGAUCGGAGAACAAAAAGAAAUCGAGACAGUUUGGAUAAAAAGUAAAUCGCACAG